AUGUCAUUGACUAAAAUAUUUUAUGUACCUGAACCUCUGAAACCUACUCCAAAUUAUCGUGAAAUUGUCAAAAAAUUAAUAGACUCUAGACAGGAGGAUAAAUAAAAAUUGGAUGAGUAUUUAGAUCACUUUCAACCAACAAUCGAUGAAACAAGAGAGAAACAAGAUUCUUAUCUUGGCAAAAGAUAUCGAUCUAUUUUAUAAGCUCUGGAGAGAGCCAAGAAUAACUUAAUUAAGUAUAAUUUAUCAUUAUUGGAAUUGCAAGAUAAAAUUGAAAAAAGUGUUGAAAUUAGAAAAGUACUUGAAGAUGUUAACAAUUAUAAAACAUAUAGUGAAGCAUUGACAGAGAAUAUCAAUAAGUUAUAAAAUCAAAUUUCUGAACAUACUACAAGAUGUAAGAAUCUCAAAAGAGUAAUUGAAUAUAAACAUGCAGCACUCAAUAAACAGAAUUCAAAGAACCUUGUUCUCUUAAGAGAAAUCAAUGCAGCCAGACAUCAAUAGAAAAAAUCAAAGAAAACAUCUGAUACUCAGAGAACCUAGUAUUAAACUACCUUUUAUCCAUAAAAACCACUAAGUCAAUCAAGUUAAAAGUAGGAAUAAUUAAUUGAUCCUUAAAUUGAUUAAAUAAAAUAUGAGAAUAAAUAAAUGAGAUACUAGUUAACAUCCUAUAGAAAUAACAAAUAUUUGAAAAUGGAUUUAUUUAAUGAAUGCAUGGAAGCCUAUAAAAAAUAUUUUUCAAAAUCUCAAAAAGUAGUGAAGAAUUCUGGUCUAUAACACUCUCUACUUUUCUAUAUACAAAAAGCUUAAUUCUCACUAUAAGAUAAUGUUGCUAAUAAUAGAUACAAUCAUAAGAACCUCAAAAGUGUAAUGGCAGGAAGGUAAAUUCGAAAUCUAGUUCAUGAUACUCUAAAAUCGAUGGCAGAAGUUAAAUAAAAUAAACAAAAUCCUUCCUUUGAUAAUUUACAGUUGGAAUGGGAAAUAUAUAAAGACUACAGUGCAAUGCAAAUUGUAGCUCUAAUGUGUUUGAAACCAAAGAUAUUUACUGAGUUGGCUUAAAUGUUUUAACAGGAAGUUUUACAUUGA